GCCUGGUGAAGUUCGCUGGGCUGGAGGGAGGAGGCAGAUCCCGAGGGGGCUGCAGCCCUGAGCUGGGCUAGCGAGCGGUGUGGGGGCAGAGGCUGGGAAGAGCCGCUGGCGCUCCCCGGCCCGGAGGAGGGGGCGGGCGCAGGGAGGCUGCGAGGGGCUGGAGCUGGUACCGGUUGCUCUGGGGACGGCAGGGGUGCGGGGUCCCCUCUUCGCUUUGCCUGCCCUGCCUCAGCCGCCUCGGAGGGAGGCGGCGGCAGCCAAGCAGCGCGGUCCUCGCCAUGCUGGCGGCAGCUAGGAGCCGGGUCUGCCUGGGCCGGCUCCUGGCCGAAGGGCAGCUGCACGCCCCCCUGCUCCGGCCGGCAGCCCGUGGGAUCGCGGCCACUGCAGCUUCCUCCAGCAGCGCCCACAACCGCAGCCCGGGGGCCAUCAGCUCGGCUGAGAAGAUGUACAAAGUACCAGGUAGUUACAAACCUUCCAACUUUGACAAAAAAAUCCUCAUGUGGACAGGACGCUUCAAGACUGAAGAAGAGAUUCCCUCAAGGAUCCCGCCAGAAAUGCUGGACAUUGCAAGAAACAAAGCUCGAGUAAAAGCCUGUUAUCUAAUGAUUGGACUCACAAUUAUCGCUUGCUUUGCUGUGAUUGCAUCAGCUAGAAGGGCUGAACACCAUGAGUCCCUAACAAGCUGGAACCUAGCAAAGAAAGCCAAGUGGCGUGAAGAGGCUGCAAUAUCAGCAGAAUCUAAGACUAAAUAAUAUUUCUAUUAAAAACUGUGGAUUUGCUAGUAGGAGCAAACACCACAAAAAACAUUACUUGGCAUAAUUAGUGACGGUCUAACUAGUUAGCAGACUGCUAUGUUAAAACAUCAACACAUUGGAGCCCAACAAUGUUGCACUCAAAAAAAUGUUGGGAGGGAAGGGAAUAGGGUGUCUUUUUCUAUGUUACACAGAGAUAUUUUCAGACCUUGCAGCAGAUGACCAAGGUCAGUUCAAAUCUUUAGAAAGUUCUAAUAAUUCCAGUUUCAAGAGGCUCUAUUUUUUUUUGCCUCUAUUUGAUAAAAAUAUGUAACUGUCCACAAAGAAAACACAUACAUCACCAACCCUGGCCUGAAAUCUCUUCCUGCUAGAUCUUGAUUCUGGACAUUUUUCUAUAGACACAAAAUUAAAGCAUAUUAAAAAAAUUAUGCAAGCCACAAGUCAUUUAAAUACUAGGGAAGCCAGUGACUACGUAGUUGGAAAAAUGAAUAGCAUCACUACAGUAUCUCUGUUGAAUCUCGUUUACUAGACCAGGCUGAACUGACCCAGUUUACUCACUCAACGUUGUACCUGUGUUAGUACCAGAUAUUAGAGAGACAGGGUGGGAGAGGUAAUCUCUUUCACUGGACCAACCUCAAAAGCUUGUCUCUCUCACCAACAGAAGUUGGUCCAAUAAAAUAUAUUGCCUAACCCACCUUGUCUCACUAAAGUUUAUACCUCACCCAUUUUGUCUUGCUAAAAUGUACUUAGUUAUUUUGCAAACUAAAACACAAUAGGCAGCAUUUUAGUCUCUACAGACUUCUCCUCUGAAAACUCUUGGGAACUCCCAUUAAAUUAAUUUUACAAAUGAACAAAGGAUGGUGAUGGUCAGAGGCAUGUGAUGCUUAAGGAGGAGAUAUUUUCAAGGCUAGUUUUAAAAGUCACUUCAUGCAAUAUUUUGUUUAACCCCUCUCCAUAAGGCUGAUUUUUCUAGCAUGGCACAGUAUUCUAUAGUAUGGAAGUCAGCCACAGUUUUUACUAAAUUCAGCUCUUAGUUUAGUAUAGAGAUUGUAUUUUGCUAUUUUCUAAGAAUCAGGACUAAUUUUAGAAUACUAAUGAAUACACUCACCACUGUAAAAUAGCUUUUAUUAGUUUUUGUAUAGUUUUCUGAAUUGAAACAUUCCAUAAUAUUGCAUACUUUUCGUGUGUUGGUUUGUAUAGAUACACAAUAAUGGGCCUCCAGUCUGGAUUAAAAGAUGCACUAUCACUCUACUUAAAGUCAAUAUAGGCAUUUUAGAUUCAUACAUUACAUCAAACCAUAAUGCCAUGAGUGAGAAUGAAAAAUGUCUCAUUUAAGAUUUCAAUUAACUUUUGCACUAGUUUCAUGCUAAGCAGCAGGCAUUUUACCCUGCAUAUCAAUUUGCACUUUAAAAAAAGUCUCACUUCAAUCUUAUGAUUUAAUUUUUGUAAGACAAAAACCCAACAGAGGUAAUUUACAUGGAGGAAAAAGGAUAGUGCAUCUUUUACACAUAGACCCAAUAGAGAUCAUUUUCCAAACUUGUUCGACAGUCAAGUUAUUUCUGUACCAACAUUAUUACUAUUUUUUGUUUUCCUCUUCUGAUUGCUGCUAGCAAUAGUGUUUAAAGAACUACAAAAUUAAACAGCAGUAUGAACAAAGUUCUCAAAGACAAAAAAAGUGCUAUGAUAAAAUUCAGUAGAAAAUUAGUUAUGAUUUAGUGUCAAACAGCUUAAGAAACUUAAACGUGGCAUAUUUGCAUAGAUUAACUUGUCAGAAUUCAAAUUCAAACAGAGCAAAUGGUACGCUAUUUUGAAAAACACUUGUUUUUUGGAACAAGCUGCAUAACUAAAGGGACACUAGUACUGUGUCUAUUAUUUAAACAAACCCCCCAAAACUUGUAAUAGCCUUUUGGAUAAAACCAGUAUGGAAAAAAUCUAUUUAGCAAACACAGCCCCUGCUCAAUCCCCUACUCCUAAAUGCUUUCCACAGAGCAGAACUGAUUUCUUUCUGUCAGUGUCAUUGUUUCCCUAAGCAUCACUGAUGCAAUCAGUGUCAGUUGUGACAACAGGUAUUGUUAAUUUGUGAGAACAUUCUUAUUCCAUGAUCAUUCAUUAACAAUAGCUAUUUAAAAAAAAUAGUGUUCCCAGUGAGAUUGGUGGAUUUUAGAUGUACACACACAGCGCAACAUAAUAGGAAAUGCCAGAUUUAACAAUUUUAGGAUUAACCAAAUGUUGAGAUUAAAUAACUAGUGUCCCUUUUAGUAACCAAAGUCCAUCAAUUUUAGUUCCUAUUUAAACUAAAAGCACUACUUUGAAUAUACCAGAGGCAUGAAUUUGUAUUUAUAUUACAUAAAGUGCAGUCACUUUAACCACUCAGACAUACACAAUAAUAUGUCCAAAAAAAAAUGAAGUAAUCCUCUCAAAUAAGUAUAAUACUUGAACCUGCCCCCGUUUCCUCCAUUUACAAAUCUUAAGUAGGUUGCUGGGGUUGUUUGUUUGUUUUUUUUUAAUUUAGAUUUGGCUUAACUGGAGAGGCUUAUAAAUGCAGCAUCUAUGGGGUCCUCAAAAUAAAAGCAGGCACAGCUGGCUUAUGUAAUAUCAAAACAAUGUUUGCAAGAAACAGUGGAAUACCCUGUAACCUGAAUACUUAUAGGAUUAUGCUUGCACUAAAAGAACACUGAAAAUCAUCAUCAUUUAAUUGGUAAUCCUGUAAAUUUCCAAUAUAAUUACCCUGAACUUUGAAGAGAUGAUGCCAAAAAUGCCAGUAUACUAAAGUCUCGAACUAUCAUAAAAAAGGGCACAAAUACAAGUCUCAAACAUAAGAAAAAUUUGGCUCAGCAUUGUGCACAGUAUUCAAACCUGCUGUAUUCUAUACAAAUCUAGGUUUAAAGUGUUUGCUAAAUCUUUCAUUAUACAGAAUUAUAGUAACCGCACUCCUAUAUUCCUCACAUCAGACCUUUUAUUUCCAGGAGAAAAUUUCAAAUGAGGAGGCAUUUUUUGAAUUGCAUCUUGCUACUUAUACAUACAAUAGUCACACUGACUAUUAAUCUUAUAAAAUCUCCUUCAAUUCUCACCUUGAAACUACUACACAAUAUAUAGUGCUUUAAUAGUCUCAAAGUAAAACAAAAUUUAUGAAUUUUAACUGAAAACAGUAUUUGCACAUUUUAUAGACAAGUUUAAACCCAGAACACGGAAUAUAAAUGAUACCAUGCUCUAAUUUGGAUUUCUCAGGGUAUCAACAUUUUGUUUAGUGACAAGCACACUACCCUGGAAAGAGUGACUUUUAACUGUUGCAAUUUCAACUAUUGUACAUGGUUUAAAUAGUUUCAUAGCUCAAAGCUUUCACUAUUAUUUCAACACAAUAUUUGACUAAUAUAUUUAACCACAAUUAUACAUUUUCAUUAAUCCAAAUUCAGACUGGCUACUGGUAAGUGAGAUCAAGCAGUGUGGUAUAGACAUUUUGAAUAUUAAAAAAAAAAAAUCUUCUGUAUGCUUUGAAAAUCUACAUGAGAACUGUUUCAAAUUCUUAGAUAUCUUUCUUUUAGUGAGUAGUAGUAAACAGACAUUAAGUGUUUUAGAAAUUAAACAUUUAGCAGACAUCUUCAGAUUCAUUUUGGAGUUCAUAUACUUAAUAUUUACAACAAAGCAAACCUUUUUCCUUCAAUCAAAUGGAGAAGAGAUUGUUUUUCCCCCAAUUGCAGCAAGAUGGAUUAUAACAGGGCACAUUUCUACAGUCUUGUCUAAAAUAAAGAAAAUGGAGACAUCUGACUUAAAAAAAAAAAUUCAAAAAGCAGUAGCAUAUUUG